CGCGAUUGGCGGUCACAUUUAUAAUCUGCCUCUCAAUAUUUUCUUCAGUUUGCUUCCUCAGCCUCCGUCUAUCUUUCUUCUUCCCUCUCACCGGUCGGCGCUCGUCUGUUCUCUCUCUCUCUCUCAACCAUGGGUGGUGGCUCUAAGUGGAUCAGGCCUGAGGUGUGGCCUCUUUUUGCUGCAGUAGGUGUCGCUGUUGGGAUCUGCGGUAUGCAACUGGUUAGGAAUAUCACCAUCAAUCCUGAAGUCAGGGUAACCAAAGAGAACAGAGCCGCAGGAGUGCUUGAGAACUACGCAGAGGGUGAGAAAUAUGCAGAACAUGGCCUGAGGAAGUUUGUCCGCAACAAGGCCCCUCAAAUCAUGCCAUCCAUCAACAAGUUCUUCUCUGAUCCAAACUGAUUGUUGGAUACACUUCCUAAAAAACUCCCUUCGGGUUACAAAAUUGAUCCAGGAGAUUAUUUUUUUGGUCUUUUUUGAUUUUAAGAAUUAUGGAAAAGGACCAUUGAAUCAUUAAUUGUGAUUAUUUUUCUACAGAUGAAAUAUUUCAGGGUUGUGUACUCCAAUUUGCAUCAUGGUGGCAACCAACUGAUUUGUUGAAUAAUAAAUUGGUAUACUUUGCAUUAGCAAAUAUUAAUCAGCGAUACUCUUUAUGUU